GUGUGCCCCGCACCUCCCCAGCCUUCUGCUCCGUUUAUGCUUCUGCAACGAGUGCAGCAGCCCAAGUUCUUGCUCCGUAGAGAGCGCUGGCACGUAACUUCCACACCAGCCUGUGUCUGCAGUCAGACCUCCAGACCGCUCAGAAAGCUGUGGUCGGCUCCAGUCUCUCGGAGCUCCAGGCACUGGUGGGACUCAGCUGAUGGGGAACUGAUCCUGGCCAGGGCAAUGCCAGCAGCAGGCCCGCUCCCGAACUGCCGAAAAGACAACACUGCGCCCUCUCCGCCGCCGGCGCCUUGGACCCGCGGGCUCUAGGACCCGGCGAGCGGCGCGGGCCGGGGCUCCGCGGCCUGCGCCCUGUUCUGCUGUCAGCGGCCCCGGUGCAGCCGAGGGGGCGAGGGCGGGAGAGUCGCGGCGCAGCCCCGGCCGCCUGGUCCGCGUCAGCAGGGAAGCGCCCGAGCCGACGGGAGCGUAGGGGCGCCGCGGCGGGAGGCGUCUCGAUGCCCUUCUCAGGUGCGCCGGGCAGCUUCACCGCCAGCUGCUGCUGGUGCCCGGCGCCUCUGAGAGCCCUCUGGUAACUACCCGGCUCGGGAGCGUCCGAGAGAAGCGGGCGCUCGGCCGGCGGUGUGGCCGCUCGGAACCACCGCGGCUCCGGGCGCGCGGGCGGCGGGCGGGCCGCGGGCGCGGUGGUGCCGGACGGCCCCUCAGUUGGGCUGCCUGAGGGGGCAGUGAGGCCGGUUGGAGCCGAAGCCGCCGGCCUGGGAGGGGCGGAUGAGGGGUAUGUUCUCCUCAUCCUUUCGCAGUGGCCUGCCCGACCUGAUGGUGACCCUGAACGAUGAGAAAACGCCUUCAGAGAUCGGUCUUAAAUAAACCAACAAACAGAAAGUCUCUGAAGAACUCCGAAGUCACCUCCGAAUGAGCUCUGUCUCUGAAGAUCUGGGUUGCAGACGUGGAGAGUUUAGCAGAAAGCAUUACGGAUCUGUGGAGCUUCUCAUAUCUAGUGAUGCUGAUGGAGCCAUUCAAAGAGCUGGGCGGUUCCGUGUGGAAAAUGGCUCCUCUGGUGAGAACACAGACUACACUCCAGGUACUUGGCACAGAACAGACGUGCAUUUGGAAAACCCAGAGUAUCACACAAGAUGGUACUACAAAUAUUUUUUAGGGAAAGUUCACCAGAAUUACAUAGGUACAGAUGCAGAGAAGAACCCUUUCUUUCUCUCUGUUGUACUGUCUGACCAAAAUAAUCAGCGGGUUCCUCAGUACCAUUCAAUACUUUGGAGAAAAACAGGUACUCAGAAAAUAUGUCUCCCUUACAGUCCCACAAAAACUUUAUCAGUGAAAUCUAUAUUAAGUGCUAUGAGUCUUGACAAAUUUGAGAAGGGCCCAAGGGAAAUUUUUCAUCCUGAGAUACAAAAGGAUUUAUUGGUUCUUGAAGAGCAAGAGGGAUCUGUGAAUUUUAAAUUUGGAGUCCUUUAUGCUAAGGAUGGGCAGCUUACAGAUGAUGAAAUGUUCAGCAAUGAAACUGGAAGUGAAAGCUUUCAAAGAUUCUUGCAUCUCUUGGGUGACACAAUUACUUUGAAAGGCUGGGCAGGCUACAGAGGAGGACUGGACACUAAAAAUGAUACAACAGGAACCAGUUCUAUCUAUACAGUUUUUCAAGGUCAUGAAAUUAUGUUCCAUGUUUCAACCAUGUUACCAUAUUCUAGAGAGAACAAGCAGCAGGUAGAAAGGAAGCGACACAUUGGGAAUGACAUUGUCACUAUCGUGUUUCAGGAGGGCGAAGAGUCUUCUCCAGCAUUCAAGCCAUCCAUGAUUCGCUCUCAUUUUACACAUAUUUUUGCCUUAGUGAGAUAUAAUAAACAGAAUGAUAGUUACAGGCUGAAAAUAUUUUCAGAAGAAAGUGUUCCUCUGUUUGGGCCUCCCCUUCCAUCCCCACCUGUGUUUACAAAUCACCAGGAAUUCAGGGAUUUUGUCUUAGUGAAAUUAAUAAAUGGGGAAAAAGCCACCUUGGAAACCCCAACUUUUGCUCAGAAACGUCAGCGCACCCUGGACAUGCUGAUCCGCUCUUUGUACCAAGACCUGAUGCCUGAUCUCCACAGAGUAAAUAACAUGCUCAAUAGAAGGUCCUUCAGUGACGUGUUACCAGAGUCCCCAAAGUCAACACGGAAAAAGGAAGAAGCUCGGCAGGCAGAGUUUGUGCGGCUUGGUCAGGCAUUGAAAUUGAAAACCACUGUGAAAGGGGAUGCCACAGCUAACUUGGCAACCACGAGCUUUUGUAAAAAGGAGCCUUGGGAAUCUCAAUCUUUCUGCAGUAAUUUUCCUCAUGAGGUUGUCUGUGCAGAUUCCUGGGGCCAGUCCUUGCUGGUUUCUACAGAUGUUGGCAUCUUGUUAAUAGAUGAUGGUCAACCAUCAGUGCAAGUAUUUGAUAAAACUCUCCAAAUAAAGCAGAUGCAUGUGUUGGAAACUCUCAAUCUAUUGAUUGCCCGAACAGACAGAGGGAAAGACUCUCGUGUCCUUGUCUUCAGGCUCAGUGUUGUCCAAAAAGAUAUAGAAACAAAGCAAAUUAUAAGAAGCAAAUAUGACUGCAGAGAAAAUAAACUGGAGAGAACAAAAGGCUGCCAUCUGUAUGCCAUUAAUACUCACCAUGGCAGUGAACUGAGGAUUGUUGUGGCCAUUCGGAACAAGCUACUUCUUGUCACAAAGAAAUACAACCCAUGCACCAGUUCAGCCAGCAGCUCUCUGCUGUCCUCAUCUGAAUCUCCAGUGGAGGAGUUCCAGUACAUCCGGGAAAUAUGCCUCUCUGACCCUCCAGUGGUGAUGACACUGGUGGAUGGACCUACUGGAGACAGUGACAACAUGAUCUGUGUAGCAUAUCGGCACCAGUUUGAUUUAGUUAAUGAGAGUACUGGGGAGUCCUACAGGUUGCAUCAUGUUGAAGCAAACAGGGUUAACUUUGUUGCAGCUAUUGAUGUCUAUGAAGAUGGUGAAGCUGGUCUUCUGUUGUGUUACAACUAUGUUUGCCAAUACAGAAAGGUUUAUCCUUUCAAUGGAGGCUCUCCACUGAUCCAGCCAUCAGCUUAUGACUUCCAGUUCAGCUGGAAUCAAGUUCCUUAUGCUGUUGUCUGUGCUUUCCCUUACAUCCUUGCCUUCACUACGGAUUCCAUUGAGAUCCGGUUAGUGGUGAAUGGAAACCUGGUCCACACAGCAGUUGUGCCUGAGCUUCAACUUGUAGCAUCAAGGUCAGAUAUUUAUUUUAAAGCUGCUGCUGCUGUAAGUGGAUCAUCUGAGAGCAGCUCUAAGGAAAUGAGUUCAAGGAGUCCUCCUCAAACACCGGCAGCUCAUGAAAUGCCAGAAUCUCCUCUUUCUUCUCUGGAAGGUGAAAUUCCAUGCAAAAACCUGUACAAAAUUCCUCUCAGUAAUCUGGUUGGGCGAAGCAUUGAGCGACCUCUGAAGUCCCCUUUGGCUCCCAAGGUCAUCACUACUACAACACCCACUGGCGUUGCCCCUCUUCCAGUCACUCACUCACUCUCCUUAUCUCGAAUGGAAAUCAAAGAAAUUGCAAGCAGAACUCGUAAAGAAUUGCUGGGCCUCUUGGAUGAGCCUAUACCCAAGACAGAAAGUGCACAGAAGCAAAAAAAGGCUCCUCGAAGACAGUCAGACCCCAAGCAGGGAGCAGUAAGAUCAACCAGUAGUGACAGGAUAAUCUCAAGCUCCUUUGAAAGCUUUUCUGAAGGACGUCAUCUUUCCACUAGUUCAGAUCCCGAUACUUUGACAAGCAGGGAGGAGAGCUCACCACCCAGCUGUCCAUUUCAGCCCAUUUCUUUAUAUGAUGAAGACUUCAUUGACUUGAAGUGAAGACAGUCUUAAAACCUUUCUUCUUUACUUCACAUUUUCUUACAAGUCUGUGAGCACUAUGGGAAUGUCACAAACACUGCUUCUAGUGGUAAAAUGUGGCUGGAAGUAUUGGUGAUUAAUCUUUAUAGAACCCAUGUUGUUCUGGCUAGCUCAGCCUGAUUUGGUGAUGCUUGUAUCUUUGAGAUAGGUUAUGUUUUCUUUUCUCAGUUAAUGAACCAUUACUUUUUGUGGCAUUCUAACAGUAGGUAAUCAAAGAGAGGUUUAGGUUGAAAGUGGAGUAAAUAAAAAGCAUUACUUAUUCUGAGCUUCUUAUAAUUUGAAGUACCUGAACGACACUCAGCUGGUUGCUGUUCUUACCAUCAUGAGUUGUUUUACAACAAGGGUAUGCCAUAGGGGAAGAGGACUUUUAUAACAUAAACUACUCCUUUUGGUUUUUCAGUCAAGCAGAACAAAACAAAAGGCUUGCAAGCACGGUUUUUCCAAACAGUGCAGUCUGUCCUUGAAAUGAUGCAGCUGUGGUAUGGUCACUGAAGAAUCAAGGCUGUUCUAUAAAAAUCAGGUAAGAUCUGAAGAUGCUGCUUUCUUUGCUCUGACCUAUCCAUGCACCUCUUUUUUUAAGAGACACUUUAAAACCAUUUUGGUGUUGAGAAUCCCUGAGCAGAGAGACUUUUUAUAGAAAACACUUAACUUUCAAAAUGUUCCUUCAGAAUUGAAAGUUAAAUAAUAAAAGGCAACAAAAAAGGCAAACC